GCGCCCACAUCCCGCUGCCGUUUCUCUGCCAUUCCCUUCUUGCUUCCCUCCCGAGUCUUCUCUGCUACGCCGCACGCUUCGUUGAUCGAAGAGCCAUUUUUACGAGUGGGCUGUUGACCAGUCCAGGGUUAUUGCCCGUUAAUACCGUCUUCCUUCUCCUGUUUAUAGUUUUCUGCCCCCUCCGUCUCGCCAAAUCCCCUGCUGCUCGGAUUCCAAAGUACACUUUUCUUAAUAAUAGCACGCGCGAGGCGGUGCUCACCUCAGCCCAAUAUACCGACAUGCCAGAAGUACACCCUUCUGCAGACUACCAUCCUGCAGCCCUUGGCGCAGCCGAACACCCUCGAUAUGCCAUGUCCCCGCUGGACGACGGACACUCUCUUAAUAUGCUCGAUGACGACGGCACCAUCCCGCGGUACUACUUCACCCCGAGAUACUCGCCCACCUCCAGCUACCAGCCCAGCGCGGCCUCACCGAGAAGCUGUCAGGAGUACCCGCCGCCAAAGGAAGCACCGCCCAGCGUCAUGAGGCCGUCGCCGCAGCCGUCGCCGAGACACUUGCAUCCUGCAUCCUCAUCGCAGUAUCGGAUGAGCCGAGCCGAUAGCGACUUCGACUCGCUGUACGAUGUCACUGACGACGAAGCCGAGGUGCCGCUUCACGCCUCCAAGUCCGUCAAGGAGACUGCACACACAAGUCGGAAUCGGUACCCAUCGAUAAUCAUCCCCUCACCAUCCGCCUGGCCGACAAUCGAAAAGCUCAAGAGUGCAUUGUCAGCCGUCCCCCAGACGCCUUCCCAAUUGCUCACGCCAUCUCAACAAGCAAUCUCAUUAAUUACCUCGCAUAAUCUUCGGGUGCCGGCGCGCUCGGCGGCACCUUCCCUCGAUGGCAGCAUGUCGUCGGAAGAAAUGGAUAAGCUAAGCUGCCCUUCGACCCCAGAGACCCAGAAACGUCAGUCGCAGACUAGCCUCGAUUCCUGGUCACCAGUCCAGCUCGAUUAUCAGGCUCUGGAGACCCUACAACAUCUUGGGCAGCCUUCUCGGGAGCCAUCGCGGGAGCCAUCACGAGAGCCGUCGCCGGUGCCUGGCGCCCCGCACGCCACCCAAAUAAGAGGGGGAGAAAUGCAACAAGUAUCGCGACCAUGGCUUGCUCUCCGUAUCCCAUCAUCAGGCAUCCACAAUGGCUCUUCUGGAAACACGCCUCUCUCCGAACUCUCUAUUCCAUCCCCUGGCGGAUUCUUCUCGUCUCUCCACUCAAGUGCCCGGCACACCUGGAGCAUACCGAGGCGAGAAGAGUCUGUACCUAAUACAUCUACAGCUGAGAAGUUCUACCAGCUUCCAUGGGGUGAAAGCCGGAGAAACACCAUCGCAGAGCAAACAGUCACGCUAAACGGUUCAACCCUGGACGGCUUCGAUGAUCCCUUACCAACCUCGCGACCGGUGAAUCUUAGGGACAUUGAUGAGACAAUUGAGGUGAAGGAAAUCAAUCCCAGCAAGACUCUCUUUCAGUACAAUGAAAACUACCACGUAGAGCUCCAGAAGAUGUCUUCUGCGAACCUAGAGAGGACCGGUCAUUGGCUGGAGGAACAAGAAGAACUGCAAGCUGCUCUGCGGGAGAUGAACGACAUGAGCUCCCCGAGUCUCUCAGGCGGUACGCACAGUCGAGGCAAUUCAGUGGAUAAGGUCGUCAAGAAAUCUGUCAAAUUUGCAGAUGAGCCAAAGAAGUCGCCAACAGAAGAGGAGGAUCCAAAGAAAACACUAACAUAUUUCCAAGGAUUUGAGUAUCUGCAAACGCGCAACCGAAAGAUUGAUGUGUUCAUCCAUCGGCAAACCAGGGCAGAGGCGAUGCACGUCCAUCGCAGAUGCAAUCCAAAAUCUCACCAAGAUCAGCUGCUCGGCAAAUUCGAACUGACCAAUCCGGUGCGGCCAUCGCCGCCGCGACCUGUUUCCGAGUUUUACAUGAACGAUCCGACCGUGUUGAAAGAGCGCAUCGCACGCGCUCAAAUGGAACGACAAGCGCUUGACCAGAUGCUACCAAUUACCUGGGUCCUGCAAGCACUCAAGCAACUUAACGGCGGGAAGCUGCUCAGCAAGCCGGCCGGAGCUCGCAUUCGGCGCACGAGUACUGCACACGUCCUGGAUGUCGGCGGUAUACCGACCAACGACUGGGCAUGGCAGAUCGCGUACGACUAUCCAUACACCGUCACCACCACGGUAUACACGGCCGGCCGCAAUCUCACCUCCAACGUUACUGGGCCAGACAAUCACAAGCACAUGACAGUUCCUAACCUUUGGACUCUACCCUUCCCCAAUGGCCACUUCGAUGUUGUCUCAGUACGCACACUGCAUGAGCUUCUCAAGACCGACAAGCCCCUGGGUCGCUCAAUGGAUGAGUACGAUCUCUGCCUCAAAGAGUGCUUCCGGUGCCUCAAGCCGGGCGGCAUUCUUGAGUUCUCACUGCUCGAUGCCGACAUCAUCCACGCAGGUAGCCAAGCCCAAGCCAUGGGCGUCGAGUUUGGCUUCAAUCUCAAAACACGAGGCUACGACGCCGCGCCCACGAAAUCAUUCGUUCCACGCCUCCGCAAAGCUGGCUUUAAGGAUGUGCACAGGAUGUGGAUGGUUUUGCCGAUGGGCAAGACGGCUGCUCACUGGAAGGACAGACUCCGCGUCGGUGCUGAGCCUAAGCAAGAGGAGAGGAGUAUCAGCCCGGACGGUCAGGUGGAUGUGACUGAAGCGCCGGUAUUCGGUACAACAGUUGAUGCUGCGAUGAUGACUGGUAUCGUAGGGAGUUGGUAUUGGGAGCGGUGGCUGCUGAGGUUGCAAAUGGAGAUGGGCAAGGAGGAGGAUAGGUUUCUGGAGGGUGUCGUGCAGGUGUUGGAGGAGGGGGCAAGGGAAGGCUCGGGGUGGAGAUAUCUAACGGGUUAUGCGAAGAAGAAGUCAUGACAUCACGUUGGUAGAAUGGCGGGUUGAAUAGGAUCAUCUGCAUUGGCAUGGUGUUGGGGCUUCGGCUGGCUGGCGUAGGGAUAGCAUAACAUGGAUCUCGGUUGGGAUUGAUAUCACAAUAGCUAAUUCCUUUUGUCACAAAUGAGAAAUUGUAUCAAUCACUCUCUUCGCUUCAUAUUUGGAGUCCUCUCUUCGCUUCUAGCUAGCUAUACUGUGAGAAG